AUAUAUGAAUCAAGGAGACAAGGACCAUAUCAACAAUCUAGACUAAGAUGGCGCAGAACAAAGCAAACACAGUGUCACAGCUUCAAUCUUUGAAGAACAAGAGUGGGAAGUCUUAUAAUCAGUUAGCUGAGGAAACAGGACUUACAAACGUUUAUGUUGCUCAGCUUCUGAGAAGACAAGCUCAUCUCAAACCUGAAACUGCCCCUAAAUUAAAGGCAGCACUGCCCGAACUGCCCGAAGAACUUAUCCAUGAAAUGAUGAAACCACCUCUUAGGUCUUAUGAUCCUAAUAUCAUUCAAGACCCCACUGUUUACAGGUUGAAUGAAGCUGUUAUGCAUUUUGGGGAGAGCAUCAAAGAAAUAAUCAACGAGGAGUUUGGUGAUGGAAUCAUGUCAGCAAUCGAUUUCUACUGCUCAGUUGACAAAGUUCAAGGAGUCGAUGGGAAAGAUCGUGUGGUACUGACAUUCGAUGGGAAAUAUUUACCGCAUUCAGAGCAGAAAACGGAGCAUAUGGUUUCAAGAACAAGGCCACUGGAGAAACAGUGAGUAUCACCAGGACCAACACCAAAAUCCUUGUAACUAUAAUUACGGUGUUUUGUAAUGCUGCAAGCUGUAUUUGGUUACUGCUACUUUGGUAUUGCCUAUAGAAAUAAAAAUAAAACAAUAAGGUUUAAAAAAUUAGAAGUAGCCAACCAUGCCAUUUAUAAACAAUUGUUUAUGGCUUUAGGAUUUCAUGGCACUUCUACUACCUUUGUGAUUUUAAUACAAGAUACUUAUGAUGGUGAAAGCUUGUAUUGUGCUUGGUUAUGUUAAACCAAGAUAAUAAAUAUUCUUCAAGGUUUGAAGGUUU